AUGACGCUGUCAGUAUCAGAGCAAUGUCGCUCUUGUCUCGUCACUCUACAAGAAGUCAUCUCGGUUCUGUCCAAGCCGGGUAAUACCAACGGCCAUGUCAAGCAUGCCCAAAUCAAUGAGGAGCUGGACAGAUUCAGCCUCUUUGUUGGAAACAUCGGAGCUCUCCACCGACCCGAGUCGUCCAUGUCCAUCGAGUCACGACUACACAAAGCCAACGACGUGCUCACUCACAUCUUAGACCUUUUAGCCGACUUGAACGAAGUUGCUGCAGAGCUACUCGAGAUCGUUUCUGGUAAAAGAGAAGGCUCGGUCUUUAUUGAUGGACAGAUCAGCGAGGAGAUCAGCGAAGUGAACGAGCUUCGAGAGGAGAUCAGUGGGGCCAUCACCCGCCUCUUCAGAGUAUCAAUCCUUAUCCGACAGGCAGCACCCACCGACCUCUUCGCCAAAGCUUUGAGCCGCAACCGAUAUUGCUUCAAUGAUCAAUUCGACAUAGCUCACGUUGGUGAGAAGUAUCGCAAGCUUGGUACAGAUAACUGCGCCUGGCUUCGCCAACGUCUCGGGCGAGCUAUCACUCAAAGACGGCAUUACCUCAAUUAUAUACAGGAUCACCAUGGAAAAUUAGGUGGCAGGCUCAUUGACCACGACAAGGCAGAUAGUUCGGCCGCCAGGUCUCAAGCCCCUGAUAUCAAGCAGCCGCCGGCUUCAAAGACGAUGUUUGAUUCGGUGAGCCGUCCUUCCUUCAUCACCAAAGCCACCACUAUUGCUCCCGAACGAAUCACACCUCAACUACUUGUUGCAGAAGGUUCAGACUCGGAGGAAGAUGCCCGUUCGUAUACAACAAUCUCCCGCUCGAUCGACGGCGAUCAUGAGUCACAUACCACCGUCCGCAGCCCGAAGCUGGACGACCUGCGCAUCGGUGGCAAGAAAGAGUUCGAAUGCCCUUUCUGCUUUCGAAUCAAAAAGUUUAAAAGGGAGCGCACCUGGAGAAAACAUGUAUUUUCCGAUCUCCGUGCUUAUGUAUGCACAUUUCCGGACUGCGAUGCACCAUAUUUUGGGGACAUUAACGAAUGGUUUCAGCAUGAGAUGAUGGUUCACCGUGUCUCCUACCAGUGCUUUCUCUGCCCGAGCACGGUCUUCUAUCAGGAGGAGAAAUACCUUUCUCAUGUAAAGCGGAAACAUGCGAAGAUGCUAUUUGAUGGCGAAGAGCAGCCAGGAAGAGAUCUCGCUCGAAAGCCCCUCGCUCAGAUUCCAGUAGAUGAUUGCCCUUGCUGUUCAGAUUGGGCUGAUCGUUUGAAGGAGCAAGCAAUCCAAACAGGGGGAUCAUUGCCGAACGAUAUUUUGGCUGUCGUUCCGACGGUAUUUAAACGCCACCUCGCUGGCCAUCUCGAGCAGCUCGCACUUUUCGCUAUACCUAUUGGUGCUGCGACUGAUGACGAUAAAACUUCAAAUGCGGCCAUUGAGGAGACGAAGAGCAAGCGCACGGACCCGUCACAACGAUCGACUUUGAUCUUCGCAAGCUCCCGAGGUGAUACAGACGACACGGGCCCAGAGCCGGAUCCAUCCAAGAGCAAGGUCUUACACGCCGAUAUAGAGGAUACUCAAAUCAUAGCAGGGCCUGAAAAUGACGCACCGGGUUCUCCGCCCUCAGAACCCAGUAAGCUAGGAGAUCAGGACGGAGCCGACCAACCAAGCUAUCUGGCGAGAAUGGCUGUACUAUCAGAAACGCUCCGGGACGCAGGUCAAUGGCAAGAUGCAGAAAAACUGGAGGUGCAAGUGUUCGAGAAGAGCAAGCAAGUGCUCGGGCCUGAGCAUCCAGACACGCUAGCGAGCAUGUACAACUUGGCACGUGCGCUAGAGAUACAAGAUAAGUAUGCAGAAGCGGAAGUGAUGUAUAUGGAGACUAUUAAGGUAUAUAAGACGGUGAAGCUUGGGAGUGCGCACCCUCCAGCGCUGAUGAUCUUGUCCGAUUUAGCAAGAGUACUGAGUUUGCAGGGCAAGGAUGAAGAGGCUAUUGCUUGGCAAGCUCAGGAGCUAACGACAUGCGAGAAGGUGUUUGGGCCUGAGCAUCCAAACACGAUGAUGAGCGUUAACAAUUUGGGCAACCUCUGCCUGAACCAGGGACAGUUUAACGAGGCGGAGAUGAUGUACCAGCGGGCGCUACAGGGCAAAGAGAAGGCAUUAGGGCCAGAGCACAUAUCAACACUCGACACAGUUAAUCAUUUGGGUGACCUCUACAGGAAACUUGGCCGGCUUGAGGAGGCAGAGAGGAUGUACCAGCGGGUGCUGCAGGGCAGAGAGAAGGUACUUGGACCAGAGCACACAUCAACCAUUCACAUAGUCAGUGACUUAGGCAUCCUGUACGAGGACUUUGGACGGCUUGACGAGGCGGAGAGGAUGUACCAGCGGGCGUUGCAGGGCAGAGAGAAGGCAUUAGGGCUAGAGCACACAGAAACACUCGUCACAGUUGAUCAUUUGGGUAACCUCUACAAGAAACUUGGCCGGCUUGAGGAGGCAGAGAGGAUGUACCAGCGGGUGCUGCAGGGCAGAGAGAAGGCAUUGGGGCCAGAGCACGUAGCGACACUUAACACGGUCAACGACCGUGAGGAAACUAUUACAGGCGGUUCAUAA